UCCAAUCCCUAUCGAAUCACGUUGUUUACCGUUGAUUCUUGCUCCGUAAAAUCCCCGUUUCUGACUCCUGAUCAUCAAUUGCCUUAAUUACCCAAUUACCAGGUUCACUAUAAAUACCCUCUGUGCGUGAAUUACAGAAAAAGGACUGGAUGACUUACAGCCAGGCAAUGUGAAGCCUUUGGAGAGCACUGGUCUUGCUAUUUUGUCCACAUCACAGUCCCAGGGUAACAUUUCACCGUUUGUGUAGCUCAGUAGCGUAUAAUGGAGACAGAAGCCCCUGCAUCACAAGCAAUGGAGUCAGAUGUGUCAGAGGCUGGUUGGCUGUCAACAUCCACUUGGCUCCUACUGCUUUCAGCUGGUCUUCUGGGUCUCAUGUAUGACUAUUGGUGUCAUCAGUUCUUAUCACGAUAUGGCAUUCAGUCACCUACUCCUCUUCCCAUCCUCGGAAAUAUGUUAUGGCUGAUGAGGCAUGACUUUCAAACUAUGUCGAAAGACUGCAGAAAGAAGUUUGGCAAGGUUUACGGGAUGUAUAUUGGACGUAGACCAUUGAUCAUGAUAUCAGAUGUUGACAGGGUGCAGCAGAUAUGUGUGAAAGACUUUGCCAUCUUCACAAAUAGAAAGCCAAGGGGUUUUGAGAGCAGACCCUUUGACAAAUCUCUGCUCAGCCUGAGAGAUAAACACUGGAAGGGAGUGCGUUCUGUCAUCAGUCCAACCUUCAGUGCCUCCAAAAUGAAACUGAUGGCACCUAUCAUCAACAAGUGUUUGGAUCCCACUAUUAAGAUUGUUGCAAAACUUCACGGAGAGGGCAAAAACAUCCAAUGCAAGGACUUGUAUGGCUCUCUUACGCUUGAUACCAUUGGAAAUUGCGCUUUUGGUAUGGAAGUGAAUUGCCAAGACGAUCCUAACAAUCCCUUCCUGGAAAACUCCAAGAAAAUAUUCGACUUCAGCUUCAUGAAUUUUGCUGUUGUCAUCCUGCUUUUCUUCCCCGGAUUCACAUUCAUUCUCAACAAGUUGAAUGUCUCUGCAUAUGACUACAAGGCAAUUGACUUCUUUGAUAAAGUCGUGGAUGAGUCAGUUCAUCUGAGGCAUCAGUCUGAAGCACAAGAAACAGCUGAAAAUAAGAGAGUAGACUUUCUUCAGUUGAUGCUGAAUGUGCACAAAGAAACAACAACCGAUGAGGCUGCGGAGGAGGCUACACAAGAAGAGAAGGAAGAAGCCAAGUACAGACAGAGUAUGAGUGAGAAGAAACUCACCAUGGAGGAGAUCAAGGCUCAGGCGAUGCUGUUUUUCCUGGGCGGUUAUGAAACCACCAGCACCACGCUGAGCAUGGCGUCAUACCUGCUAGCCACAAACCCAGACAUCCAAGAUAAACUGAUUGCUGAGGUAGAUAGCAUGGCACCCACUAGGGAUGAUGUGACCUAUGACAUCGUUUUCAAGAUGGCCUAUCUGGAUAUGGUGGUCUGCGAGACGUUGCGUUUCUACCCUCCCAAUAUGGUGACUACUCGAUUCUGUGCAAGCAAGUACACAUAUAAGGGCAUUACACUGCCUCCACUCACUGAGAUUGCAUUCGAUGUUUUGUCCAUUCAUCAUGAUCCUGAGCUGUGGACGGAGCCAGAUAAAUUCAUCCCUGAAAGGUUCACAAAGGAAGAGCGUGAGAGACGCCAUCCAUGUGCGUGGCUCCCAUUCGGAUUUGGCCCGCGUAAUUGUGUAGCAAUGCGUUUUGCUCUUCUUCAGGUCAAGAUAGCAUUGAUUCGUAUGCUGCAAAACUACCGCUUGGAGACAUGCGCAGAAACUGAGAUUCCUCCAAAACUUGGAAAGAUGGGUUUCAUAACGCCUCCCAAUGGAGUGAUUCUUUCAGUCGUUCCACGAUCACAUGGAGAAACGACCACUUCAGAAUAAAGUCAGUUUUGCAGAAAUGCCCUCCUGAGGACAAAGUGAAGUUCCAUCUUGACACAUGAUGAACAUGAUCAAAUGUCUAGUUACAAGUUAAUGUAGCCAAUGAUGUCAUGUAACCAAUGAUGGUAUCGCAAUAUAAUUACACGUUAAUGUGCUUUUUGUGAGCUAUUAUACAUACCUACAUAAUACGCUUGCCAAAAUAAUUGGUUAAUGGGAUUUUUAACACAUUGUGUUCUGUGUAUUUUAUGUGAAUUCCAUUUCAGCAUGCCAACUUUCAAAGUAACGAGUGUGAAAUUGUUAUACACGAUUCUGAAAAUGAUGCUUGUGUAGUGAAGUGAUGGAAUCCAAAUCUAGUUGGUAUUAUAACAUUUCUAUCAGCUGAUUACGCCAUGUGUAGAAAUAACGUGACAAAUUUGUUGCAUAGCUGCGCAAUAAACUUACAAUCGAUUUCAUGAAACUUGGCACAUGUAGCUGCGCAGCGUUUUAAAUUAUUCAAAAAUUAUGGAUGAAGACAAUGGCUUUUUCAACACUGGUUGUGUAUUAUUUCUGUUCAAUCAUGAAACAGUAUUUGAAUCAUUUCCACCCACCAUUUUGGAAAUUAUAAGCUCAACAAUAACAGGUUUAACAGUGCUUCACUGUUAAACAACUUACACCACCUAAUAUGACAGCAUAAAUCACACAAUAAUUUGUUGCGUAAGUCAAUUGUGCAACUUUUGUUAAAUGUGUCAUAACUGAAAUGUUGUGCAACACGAAUGUCUUGCAACUUGCAUAAUAAAGUGUGGCUCAAGGGGAGUUAUGCCACUGCGCAAAGUUUGUGAAAUCGUCUGCUGAUGAGCAUGUUUGAUCAUUUAGUGGACCUGACAAAACAAGCUGUGAAAUCUAUUAUGAACUGAUUUAAGUUUUUCCCUACAUGGCUUAAUGAACAUAUUAGCAUGUACAGGACGAAACAUAGUUAUUAUAGCUCUAUGUACUCUUGGUUUCUCAAAACUGUUCGUGUCUUUCAAACCUGUUCCCUUGAAAAACCCCAAUAUAUUUUUUUUUCACAGGCAUUAGUCACUACCCAGGUUUAUAGCUAAAAAAAAUCUACAAACCAAGGCAGCAGUCAAAAGAGUGGGCUGGAAUUUUGUAGAAUUUCCUGUGCAAUUUUCCCCUCACAUGACAACUACCUUAAACUCUACGCCCACCUUGAAAAAUUGGAAACUUCUAAAGAAACGGGGUUUCUUUAAACAAGCUGUUUGCAGUCCUGUUCAAAAAGGGGUCUCACUGAUGUCCUUCGCCUAUCAAUUUGUAAGUUUUGUUAGUUGUCAUUUUCAUGCUGGAUGCCUUUCCUCAUGUAACUUUUUAAAACCUUGGUGCUGCUGCUAACUGCUUACUUUUCUGAAUUGUACUUAAUAUUGUAAAACAGGGCGAGACAUUUUGAUGCUAUAGUUUCAAAUGAUUUCUGCCUUUGAGUUCAGUUGCAAAAGUAUUUUGCAAGUGCACUUAAAUUAUGACCAAUACAAUUCCAGCCUCCAUUCUCUUUUCUAAUCAUUUAGCACUGAAAUUUAUGGACCAGUUAAACUUGUAUAGAUCACUUCAUUAAAAAACUAUCAAAUGGCUGAUUUGGAUCAUUAUAUCGGUCAAUGAGUUUUAUUCUACAUGUAAUUUAAUUAUAUCAUAGCUUUUAUCCAUGACGUUUUCGAUUUUUUUGGUUAGAUCUGAACUGAAAUAACUUGUUAAGUUUCUCUGUAAUAUUUUCAUGUACAUUUUUAAUUGCUACAAUUUAUCGUUAUAGAUUCAUACUGAUGGAAUUUCCAACUUGGAAAUGAUAAAGGAAUGAAAACCGAUCGUGCGGCGAUUUGAAUACAUUUAUUAGAAUGUUCUUUUAUUACACCAAAAAAUAUUUAAUUUACAGUGCUUGGUAGAAAGUAAAUAUGGUCAAAACGUAGGGCCAGUUCUGUAUAUCAUGCCAAAUUAUGUAACGUAAACAGUCCUAAGAAAUAUAAUAUAAUUACAAAAGCCAAUAAUUCUGAUAAAUGUACAGUGUACUUUCAUUUUCAAAGUUUUAUAUUAGAAAAAUGCAUUUGCAACAUCAAAAACUGUUUGCUUAAUUUUGGUGAAAAUCCGCCAUUUUGGACGCUCUAGCUGAGAGUUGUGAGUGGUUUUCAUGAAUUUUGAAAGCGGGCUUAUUCAUUACUGGGGUCUAUGGCAGUUUAUUUACUCCGUAUACGUCCAAUAUGGCGGGCGGGUCGGUGACCACCGACUGACGUCAUGUAAAAUUCAUCAAUUAUAUAUCUUAAAAGGAAAUUGUGUAGAAUUUGUUUUCUAUUAUUUGUUACAAUUGUAUUUUGAAUUUACAACUUUUAAUAGUGGGAACCUUAUUAAUACUAUUCCUUUAGGUUGGAUGUUGAAACUUGAUAUUGAGUUUUGCAGUUUUGCUUUGUAUCAUGUUGCAUUAAAAAAACGAAUACAAUGUAUUUUAAAUGCAAU